GGCCCGGGAGGCGACGCGCGCGUGCGCACCAGGUUCCCAACGCCCUUUUCGUCUGGGCCAGUUUUCGCGGGAGGGCGGCCUGCAUUUCUUAAGGCUCUGCUUGCUCGUGUCAGCAGGAAAAGAGCGUGGGGGGUUUCUGUUUCCACCCUACGCUUAGUUUCUCUCAGACGUAAAUAAUAAAACAACAUCUCGCUGCUAGUCCGUGAACCCCAUGAAGCCUCCGCAGGGCUCGGUAGCCCCGGGAUCGUCAACGCCACGGCCAAUGAUUGACAGGAGCUGCGGCCUGGGUGCACGCAGGCGCAGUAUCUCCGUCAACGCUUCCGCCAUCGCGCCGUGCGACUUUUUUGGCGCCGACUGCGGCGCGAGCGGGGACGGCCCCCGGGAGGCUUUCGCGUCCUUGCUGUGGCUGUGGUCCCCGGCGGCACGAUGCGCUACAACGAGAAGGAGCUGCAGGCGCUGUCCCGGCAGCCGGCCGAGUUGGCAGCCGAGCUGGGCAUGCGGGGCCCCAAGANNNCCGCAGUGGUGAAGCGGCGGCUGGUGAAGUUGGUGGUCAAUUUCCUCUUCUACUUCCGGACCGACGAGGCCGAGCCCGUCGGAGCCUUGCUGCUGGAGCACUGCAGAGUCAGCCAGGAAGAGCCCCGCGGCUUCUCCAUCAGCUUCAUGGAGGACCCUGACAGGAAGUACCACUUUGAAUGCUGCAAUGAGGAGCAAUGUCAGGAGUGGAUAGGGGCCCUGCGGCAAGCCAGCUAUGAGUUCAUGCGGAGGAGCCUCAUCUUCUACAGGAGUGAGAUCCAGAAGAUGACCGGCAAGGACCCCCUGGAGCAGUUCGGCAUAUCUGAAGAGGCCAGGUUCCAGCUGAAUGGGUUGAAAGCCUGAGUCCUUUUCUUCCAGGGGCUGGAACCAGCCUGGCCCGUUCCUGCCAGGCCCUGGGUUUUUUCUGGUCAAGCUUGGAUUUGCAGUUGUUUUGACUUAAAAGACUAAAGCCAAAAGCUCAGGACUGGGUGAAGUACCCAGCAAGCAUCCCUGCCCUGAUAGGGGGGCCCACUGGACUGGCCUCACUGGCCAUGUGCUGCUGCCAGGGGGACAAGCACCCACGCCCUCGGGCAGCCCACCCAGGGCCCGCCCUGGGCAGUGCACAGACUGAAUGUAUGAAGCUAAACGAUGCUGUGAAAGUGGGGGCCUCUCUCGUCAGGCCACUGUGAACUCUGCUGAUGGGCAGGUCCUGGCCAGGUGCUUUGGGCUGGCUUCUUACUCUGUUCAAAUAAAGGUACCUCUUUUCCACAUGGAAUGGUACACUGGAUGCAGGAAGGACAGGUGUCGUCCUUUGCAGGCCCCAGGGGGCAGUGAGGGUGACGGGACAAAGUUUCUCUCCAGGGUCAGUACCUGGGUAGAAGGGGCUGGGCCACCAGCAGAGGAGCAGGGGCAGGGCUGAGGGCUGUAAGCCAGAAAGCCCCGGGGCGUAGGACCCAGGCCUUGAAGGCCAGUGUGGCUGUGACCAGUGUGGCCAGCUCCCAAGAUGACCUCAUGGACCCACCUUCGCUUUUGGGCCUCCCUGAGUGGAAGACAGAAUUGGAACAGCGCAGCUCAGUUGGCCCUUCUGGGGUUCUCACCUGGUCCAGCUCUGGCAGAGGGCCUGGGGCUCCGUGUUCACAGCUACCGCCUGAGUGACUGCCGGCCCCCCACCCAGGGGAUGCAUGACUUCUGUACAGACACACCAGGCACCAGGCUGACCUGCCCCAUCACCGGACAUGCCACGCGGGCUCGGAAGGAGGCCCUCACGAGCGGACGCACAAAGUAAAUGCACUUAUACACGGCCAGCCACGUCUUCCACAAGCACCACUGGGAACGGUCCCCCUUGGAACACACCUGCGGCCCUGCCCCAUGGACUGGAAGGCUGACUGUCCCCCGCUCCCACCCGCCCGUCAGCUCCGAGGCCAAAGACCCGGUCCUGGGCCCCGGUCUCAGUGAGGGGAGGGCCUUCUUGGGGGAGUACCCCUUCGCGAGACAGCAGACUGCCCCCCACCUGGAGCAGGGAGCCUUUGGUGUAGGAGGAGCGACGGGGUAAGCAGGGCAGGCGCUGCCGAGGACGGGAUUUGGCGUUGGUCACCUGGGGAGUCAGCACCAGGAGGACGUGGAGGCGGGCGGG